UCUUCUUCUUCUUCUUCUUCUUCUUCUUCUUCUUCUUCUUCUUCUUCUUCUUCUUCUUCUUCUUCUUCCCUUACUUAACCAAUCUCAUCCCCCACUUCUCUUCCACUUCCCUUUUACACCUUUCUACCUAUGGACGUUGAUGAAUUUUACCGGCAACCGGCUGCCGUUCCUUUCAAAUGGGAGAUCAAACCCGGCGUCCCCAGGAACCACCACCGCCUCCACCAGUUCCCCACUCACUCUCCUCAACAACACAAGAAGCUAAAGCCUCCUCCUGCUGUAACUGCAACCCAAUUCCACCGUUCUUCCAACUCCCUCCGAACCCGGUCCGACCGAUGGUCUUCCACCCAGUCCAAACUUGCCGAACCCGAGCAGGUCUCGGUCGGUUGCUUCUCCUCGCCUUUGCCGAACCGGAAAGCGAGCAAGAUUGUUAACAGGAAACCCGAACCGGAUUACGCCUCUGAGUUGGAGACUUUGCCGCGGUGGUCGGUUUCCAGUAAGAAGUCGAUUUCGCCGUUCAGAAACUCGGUUUCGUCGUCGUCGCUUUCGUCGUACCAGUCAUCGCCCCGUCCGACUAGUGAUUCUGAGUGGGCCGGAUUUGGGCUCUUUUGAUUGGACCAUAUAAGACCGUGGGCUUAUGAAACGUUGGGCUGAAUUUAUAGAGGCCAGGCCCAUUUUUCGCCCCGUCUUGGUGGUCCUUUUGAGUGGGCUUUAGAGUUAUUGGGCUUAGGUACCUCGAAAGCCCUUUUAAGAGUAGAAAUAAGAAGCGUUAAAUCCCGAUUGUAUUGUGCUUUGGAAUCAUAGGGAUUUUCUUAAAAAACCCAUAAAUAUGAAAUAUAAACCUUAAAUAUUAAGACCUUUGUUU